GAUAGACGUGUGAAUACCGUAGCAGGGGACUAAAAACCGGUUUGGCCGUAUGGGGAGACGGCGCCGACCGGCGAGGCGGCGCGGCGAGCAGAGACCCCGCGCAGCGCCGAACGAGGCCGGUUAGUUAAUGCAGUGCGCUUACGUCGGCAUAUUUAUACGUCACAACAAACUAUCAAAGUAACACAUGGAGAAACUAAUAUCAGGCGUACGCGCCGAACCUUGCUUAUGGAAUCCAGUUCAUUCUGACUAUCGGGAAGUCUUAGAAAGGGAAGCAGCUUGGCAGCGAGUCGUUACGCAUUGUAAUUGCAAAUCUAUACCUGACGUCAAAGCCGCAAGAGCAGCGUGGAGAAAAUUGCGUGACAAUCAUAGGGAGGCACUAAAAAGGGCUAAAUUGGGCCAAAACAAGCUUUUACCUGCGCAAAUAACGACAUGGAAAUACGCCAAAGCGAUGCAGUUCCUUGAACCCUACAUGAAGUACAGAAUUACAGAAACCAUAGAAGCCGACGGACUCGACGAAAAGGACGUAAACACUUUGGACUCCGAUGUAUCGACUAGUGACAACGGAAAUGUAUCUCAAGAUGUGCUUUGUUCUGCACAAAAGCGACGGUGUGUCGAAAACACAGGCGACUCCACAUCAAGACCUCAGUUUGCUAGCGAAUCCUCGUUGAGACUUACCCAAGCAGACGCCUUGGAAUCAUUUUUUGGUUGUAUGUUGAAGUCUACAAGAGAAAUGCCACUAUGGAUGCAAACACAAGUGAAGAAAAAGAUUUUCGCAAUUAUAAUAGACGCUGAAGAACAAUUGUCAUCGAAUAAUCGAAAUGAUGAGAGCAACACACAAAAUAUUCCUACUAUAACAAAUAUAAAAACAGAAGUAAUAUACCCUGAAGAUACCUACUAGCUAAAGUAGCUGUUCUAUCCACUUUAGUAUCUAGAACUUUUUAUAAUAAGAAAAGAAGUGAUUGUGAAUUACAAUAUUCGGUUACACACGGAAUAGAAAGUUUUUAGACUACGCCACGUGUAAAAAAACUAACAAGUUAAUUUAUCGGUAACAUUUACAUUACAGCCAAAGAAAACCGUGCAAAACAUUUUUCUUUGUUUCUUUUACCUUGGUGUUACUGAAACUAUAUUUAAGAGCUCAAUUUCAUAUGUUUAAUAUGAAUAAAGACAUACAAUGCUGAUUCUAUUUUUUAA